CCCACGAGUUCCGGAAGCUUGGGGACCGCAGGUUCGGCUUGGAAAAGCCAAGCUUUCCCAGAGAUGUUUCAGAAACAGUUACUUGGAGCGGGGCGUUUUGCAGACUCCUAAGGGGGUUAACGCGACUGAAGCGACUUAGCAGCAGCAGCAACUCUUCAGCCAGUCUCUCCGGCCAAGCCAUUCUGCUCUGGUCACAGCAGACAACUUCAUUCUUUACUUCCAAACAAGUGCAGCCAGAGACCUUCAGAGAAGGCAUGGCUUCCAGAGACGAGAAUGCAGAGCGGACAAACAGAGUGCUAAGAAUCAGCCAGUUGGAUGCACUUGAACUAAACAAGGCCCUGGAGCAGCUCGUUUGGUCCCAGUUUACUCAGUGCUUUCAUGGAUUUAAGCCAGGGCUGUUAGCCCGCUUUGAACCAGAGGUGAAAGCAUUCUUGUGGCUUUUCUUGUGGAGAUUCACCAUCUACUCUAAAAAUGCCACAGUGGGACAGUCAGUGUUGAAUAUUCAGUACCAGAACGAUCUUUCCCCAAACCUGAGCUACCAGCCACCGAGCAGAAAUCAGAAGCUCUGGUAUGCUGUCUGUACAAUUGGUGGCAAGUGGUUAGAAGAACGAUGCUACGAUUUGUUUCGGAACCGUCACAUCGCAUCCUUCAGGAAAGCCAAGCAGUGCGUGAAUCUGGUGGUCGGACUUCUGAAGUUAGGCGGGUUGAUUAAUUUCUUGAUCUUCCUCCAAAGGGGCAAGUUUGCAACUUUGACUGAACGUCUGCUGGGCAUCCAUUCUGUCUUUCACAAGCCCCAACGUGUCCGAGAACUGGGCUUUGAGUAUAUGAAUAGGGAACUCCUCUGGCACGGCUUUGCCGAGUUUCUAAUUUUUCUCCUCCCCCUAAUCAAUGUCCAGAAGUUAAGAGCCAAGCUCUCUUCAUGGUGUGUCCCGCUGACUGGAGCCCCAGGCAGCGACAGCACGCUGGCAACCAGUGGCAGACAGUGUUCUCUGUGUGGGGAGUGGCCCACCAUGCCUCACACCAUUGGCUGCGAGCAUGUCUUUUGUUACUACUGCGUGAAAAGUAGCUUCUUAUUUGAUGUGUCCUUCACUUGUCCUAAGUGUGGCACAGAAGUCCAUAGCCUGCAACCUUUGAAAUCGGGCAUUGAGAUGGCAGAAGUGAGUGUCCCUUAGAAACUAAAAUUGUUUCCUCUGAGAAGAACUGCUGCUGCUAAGUCAGUUCAGUCGUGUCUGACUCUGUGUGACCCCGAAGACGCCAGCCCACCAGGCUCCCCCGUCCCUGGGAUUCUCCAGGCAAAAACACUGGAGUGGGUUGCCAUUUCCUUCUCCAAUGCAUGAAAGUGAAAAGUGAAAGUGAAGUCACUCAGUCGUGUCCGACUCUUCGCAACCCCAUGGACUGCAGCCUCCUAGGCUCUUCCAUCCGUGGGAUUUUCCAGGCAAGAGUACUGGACUGGGGUAUUAUGUCUAAAUCCUUAGCAUGAGUCAUCCUGAGUGUACUACUUAGAUAUGUUUUAUGAGGACACGUGCUUCUCAGCCACUGCCUUCUGUUCCUUCACAGGCACAACUACAUUCUACUCACACUGGAAACCACAUGAUCCUAAAUAUGUGAUACAAAUGGUAACAUGCUAUUUUUUUUAAUCAUUGGGUUUAAUUUUUAAUGUCAAGAAUAAUGGGCAGUUUUUGGGUUUUUUUUUUUUUUUUUUUUUUUUAACAAAUGACCACUAAAACUGUGCCUUCAUUCUGCCACUUCCUGGAAAGAGGUGAGACUAAAAAUAAAAGAUUAUGGAGA